AUGAUCAAGGCACAGAAGCAGGAAGUGGAGGUGAUGUUGGUGCCUGAGGUCCAGCCUGCCCUGCCUCCCGCAUGGACUCACCCCCUACCUCAUGGCCCCCACCCACAGGGCAGCAAGGAGCGUUUCCACUGGCAGAGCCACAACGUGAAGCAGAGUGGCGUGGAUGAUAUGGUGCUGCUGCCCCAGAUCACGGAGGAUGCCAUCGUGAACAACCUACGCAAGCGUUUCAUGGAUGACUACAUCUUUACCUACAUUGGUUCUGUGCUCAUCUCAGUGAAUCCCUUCAAGCAGAUGCCCUACUUCACUGACCGCGAGAUCGACCUCUACCAGGGCGCGGCCCAGUAUGAGAACCCACCUCACAUCUACGCCCUCACGGACAACAUGUACCGGAACAUGCUUAUCGACUGUGAGAACCAGUGUGUCAUCAUCAGCGGAGAGAGUGGAGCUGGGAAGACAGUGGCAGCCAAAUACAUCAUGGGUUACAUCUCCAAGGUGUCUGGUGGAGGCGAGAAGGUCCAGCAUGUCAAGGAUAUCAUCCUGCAGUCCAACCCGUUGCUGGAGGCCUUCGGCAAUGCCAAGACCGUGCGCAACAACAACUCCAGUCGCUUUGGAAAGUACUUUGAGAUUCAGUUCAGCCGAGGAGGAGAGCCAGAUGGAGGCAAGAUCUCUAACUUCCUGCUGGAGAAGUCUCGCGUGGUGUCCCAGAACGAAAAUGAGAGGAACUUCCACAUCUACUACCAGCUGCUGGAAGGGGCCUCCCAGGAGCAGCGGCAGAACCUGGGGCUCAUGACCCCCGACUACUAUUACUACCUCAACCAAUCAGACACCUACAAGGUGGAUGGCACUGAUGACAGAAGCGACUUCAGUGAGACGCUGAGCGCCAUGCAGAUAAUUGGGAUCCCCCCGAACAUCCAGCAGCAGGUCGUGCAGCUCGUGGCUGGAAUCCUUCACCUGGGGAACAUCAGCUUCUGUGAAGAGGGAAACUAUGCGCGUGUGGAGAGUGUGGACCUCCUGGCCUUUCCUGCCUAUCUGCUGGGCAUAGACAGCGGGCGGCUGCAAGAGAAGCUCACCAGUCGAAAGAUGGACAGCCGCUGGGGUGGACGCAGCGAGUCGAUUGAUGUUACCCUGAACGUGGAGCAGGCUGCCUACACUCGCGAUGCCCUAGCCAAGGGGCUGUAUGCACGCCUUUUUGACUUCCUGGUGGAGGCCAUCAACCGUGCCAUGCAGAAGCCCCAGGAGGAGUACAGCAUUGGUGUGCUUGACAUCUACGGUUUCGAGAUCUUCCAGAAAAACGGCUUCGAGCAGUUCUGCAUCAACUUCGUCAACGAGAAGCUGCAGCAGAUCUUCAUCGAGCUCACUCUGAAGGCCGAGCAGGAGGAGUAUGUACAGGAAGGCAUCCACUGGACCCCCAUCCAGUACUUCAACAACAAAGUCGUCUGCGACCUCAUCGAGAACAAGCUGAACCCACCGGGCAUCAUGAGCGUGCUGGACGACGUGUGUGCCACCAUGCACGCCACAGGGGGUGGCGCCGACCAGACGCUGCUGCAGAAACUGCAGGCGGCCGUGGGCACCCACGAGCACUUCAACAGCUGGAGCUCCGGCUUCGUCAUCCAUCACUAUGCCGGCAAGGUCUCUUAUGACGUCAAUGGCUUCUGCGAGAGGAACCGGGAUGUCCUCUUCUCUGACCUCAUAGAGCUGAUGCAGACCAGUGAGCAGGCCUUCCUUCGGAUGCUCUUUCCUGAGAAGCUGGACACAGACAAGAAGGGUCGUCCCAGCACAGCCGGCUCCAAGAUCAAGAAACAAGCCAACGACCUGGUGACCACCCUGAAGAAGUGCACACCGCACUACAUCCGCUGCAUAAAGCCCAAUGAGACCAAGAAACCGCACGACUGGGAGGAGAGCAGGGUCAAGCACCAGGUGGAGUACCUGGGUCUGAAGGAGAACAUCCGGGUUCGCAGGGCCGGCUUCGCCUACCGCCGCCAGUUCGCCAAAUUCCUUCAGAGGUACGCCAUCCUGACCCCUGAGACGUGGCCGCGGUGGCGUGGGGAUGAGCGCCAGGGUGUCCAGCACUUGCUCAGGGCAGUCAACAUGGACCAAGACCAGUACCAGAUGGGCAGUACCAAGGUCUUCAUCAAGAACCCAGAGUCGCUUUUUCUCCUGGAGGAGAUGCGAGAACGCAAGUUCGAUGGCUUUGCGCGGACCAUCCAGAAGGCCUGGCGGCGCCACGUUGCUGUCCGGAAGUACGAGGAGAUGCGGGAGGAAGCCUCCAGCAUCCUGCUUAACAAGAAGGAACGCAGGCGGAACAGCAUCAACAGGAACUUCGUCGGGGACUACCUGGGGCUGGAGGAGCGGCCUGAGCUGCGCCAGUUCCUGGGCAAGAGGGAGCGCGUGGACUUCGCUGACUCAGUCACCAAGUAUGACCGCCGCUUCAAGCCCAUCAAGCGGGACUUGAUCCUGACCCCCAAAUGUGUGUAUGUGAUCGGGCGGGAGAAGGUGAAGAAGGGGCCUGAGAAGGGCCAGGUGCGAGAGGUCCUGAAGAAGAAGCUGGAACUCCAGACCCUGCGAGGAGUCUCCCUCAGCACCCGGCAGGACGACUUCUUCAUCCUCCAAGAGGACGCGGCCGACAGCUUCCUGGAGAGCAUCUUCAAGACCGAAUUUGUCAGCCUUCUGUGCAAGCGCUUCGAGGAGGCGGCACGGAGGCCCCUGCCCCUCACCUUCAGUGACACACUACAGUUCCGGGUGAAGAAGGAGGGUUGGGGUGGAGGCGGUACCCGCAAUGUCACCUUCUCCCGAGGUGCUGGUGACGUGGCCAUGCUCAAGGCUAGCAGCCGGACCCUCACUGUCAGUGUGGGCGAUGGGCUGCCCAAGAGUUCCAAACCUACUCGGAAGGGAGUAGCCCAGGGGAAACCUCGAAGGUCAGCCCAGGCCCCUGCCCGGACAGCCCCUGGACACCCAAGAGGCCUGGAACGAAAUGGGGCGCCCCCAUCAGCCAGAGGGGGCCCCCUGGCCCUGGAACUCACGUCUAGUCGGAGCUCCCAGCAGCCUCGCCAGGGCCCUCCAGCCUCAGCUUUGAGGGCCAGCAGACGUCCCAGGGCACGGCCCCCUUCAGAACACAACACAGAAUUCCUCAACGUGCCUGACCAGGGUGUGGCCGGCAUGCAGAGGAAACGCAGUGUGGGGCAGCGACCAGUGCCCGGUGUGGGCCGGCCUAAGCCCCAGCCUCGCGUGCAUGGCCCGCGGUGCCGGGCGCUGUACCAGUACAUAGGCCAGGACGUGGACGAGCUAAGCUUCAACGUGAAUGAGGUCAUCGAGAUCCUCAUGGAAGAUCCCUCAGGCUGGUGGAAGGGCCGGCUGCAUGGCCAGGAGGGCCUCUUCCCCGGAAACUAUGUAGAGAAGAUCUGA